UAAACAGCUUUGUUUCCCAAAUCCAUCCAUCAUCUUCAAACUCAAUUCGAUCUUUCUCAAAUUAAAAAGUCUUUAUUUUUAGAAAUGGAAUCAAAUACUCUCUGUUUUUCAAUUGUUCUUCCUUCUCCUUCACGUUCUAAAAACAGAAAAUUUGGGCAGGUAAAACCAAGGCCAAGCGGCCGCAAAGUUUCUGUUAAAGCUGUAAUGGACUCCGGCGACUCAAACUACAAGAGGCAUGGGCAGAUGGUAGAUGAAAGCAUGAUUGUGUUGAGGAAACGCAUCCAUGAAAUGAAAAUGAUAGAGAGAAACUAUGAGCCUCCGGUCAACUGGAUGGCCUGGGAGAAGCAAUAUUAUUCAUGUUACGAUGAAUUAAUAUGCCAAGGCGUGGGGUUUUUGCAAUCUUAUUUGAUGAAUUGCCGGCCGAGCUUGGCUCUUGGGUUGGUUGCAGUGGUGGCCAUGAGUGUCCCGGCUUCCGGCUUUAUGGUUGCUUCGCGGUUGCUAGAGUUGGCUAAUGGAGUUUUGUCUGCUGCCGGGCAUGUUGGUUGAAUUCUGUAUUUUUUAAAAAAAAAUCUUUAUGCAUAUUAAUACAAGAAUUAACUACAGCAA